CACGUCCAAAAAGUCAUAUCUAGUUUGAGACAAAUUGUCCCUGCUUUACUCUGAGAUACUAUAAACAGGAGGAAAUACAAAUCAAAUAUUACUGCCACAUUGGAGGAUCUUAUCGAUACCGCUUUCGAAGAAUGGGAGACUGGACCUUUCUUGGAAGAUUGCUGGAUAAAGUUCAGUCACAGUCUACAGUUAUUGGGAAAAUCUGGCUCACGACAUUGUUUGUGUUCAGGAUCUUACUCCUUGGGGCUGGUGCAGAGAAGGUUUGGGGUGAUGAACAGUCUGGCUUCGUUUGCAACACACGCCAACCUGGUUGUGAAAAUGUCUGCUAUGAUAAAGCUUUUCCAAUCUCUCACAUUCGCUUUUGGGUCCUUCAGAUUAUUUUCGUCUCGACCCCUACCUUGAUAUAUCUUGGUCAUGCUUUACAUGUGAUCCACAAUGAAGCAAAACAACCAACUGAUGAAACUAAAACUACUUUCAGACAAAUCAAGAAGUCAAAAUACACUGUAACACGUGGAAAAGUGAAAAUACAAGGAAUCCUAUUAUUCUCCUACUUACUACAAGUUUUCUGUAAAAUUUUAUUUGAAGUUGCUUUCAUUAUGGGUCAAUGGUAUCUAUUUGGAUUUUCCUUGAGUCCUAUUUAUGUAUGUGACAGAUACCCCUGUCCACAUAGAGUAGAUUGCUUUAUUUCACGUCCAACAGAAAAGACCAUUUUCAUUAUUUUUAUGUUGGCUGUGAGUUGUGUGUCACUUGUUCUAAAUUUAAGUGAAAUAAUUUACCUUAUUUUCAAGGGAAUAAUGUUUUCUACACGUAAAAAGUAUCACCAUCACAUUCAACCUAGAUAUGUCUUUGACACUUUUGAUAAAUCAGGUGUCUCUGAAACCGUAUUUCCAUCAGAUUCUAAAUCCGACCUUUUGAAAGGAGAGAAACAAUAUAAUAGUAAUGACCCCAGUUCUCAGAAUAAGAUUAACGAUAGCAUUGAAACGUCUGUUAAGAAACCAAAGGAUGAGCUCGUGAAAAUGUCUAAAGGUGAAUAAGAGCAUGCUAUUUCUGAGAAGAGGUAGCUUAAUAAGUGCAAAGAAUAUCAGACAGCAACAAAAAUAUGGUAACAAUGAUUGCAUUUUUGUAUUAUGUGUAACAAUGUAAUAAAAAAAAUUGCAGUUAAUUAUUGUAAAGCAAUUUCUGCCCGACUAUAUGAGGGUAGUUGUUCUGUAUAAGUGACUUCAAGAGGCAACUGAAUCAAAAUUUAUAACUAGGCCAAUUUUCAUCCAACAUCCUUGAAAAUCGCCUUGCUAUACUAGUCAUUUAUUGUGGAAAGUUAUGACAAAAAUAAUUCAGCGCACAUGUGCAAUGUGUAUACCGAUAUAACAGCAUUUUUGAAACUAGUACAUUGUUUGGCAAUUGACAGGUGAUAAUACAUUGUUACAAUCACACAGAUAUGUGACAAAGACAAUUUAAAUGGAACAUGGAGCCUCAUUUUAAACGUGUAUUUGACUGUAUGAGAAAUGCUGUGAAAUGUAGAAGAAGCAUUCUAGUUAUAUGCAUGGUAGGUGAUUCAUUUACAGAAUUGGUCAUUAUUCCAUAUAGCUAGCUUUAAUCAUAAGGACCAGAAAAUGUCUUCCAUUGUCAAUUAGUGUUACUGAAUUAACUUCAAUAAGUCAAUUAAUUUAAUAUUUCAAAAUUGAAAAUUGCAAUAAAUUUUUUAAAAAUUUCAA